CACUGGGUGCCGAAGGAGAACUUUAUAUAGGUGGCGCUGGUGUGACCAGAGGCUAUCUAAAACGACCCGAACUUACGGCAGAACGCUUUUUGUCCGAUCCAUUCAGUGUGAAUCCAACAGCAUUCAUGUAUCGCACUGGUGAUCUGGCACGCUAUCUGCCAGAUGGAAAUCUCGUAUAUCUGGGACGUACUGAUCAACAGGUUAAAAUCCGUGGUUUCCGUAUUGAGCCCGGCGAAAUUGAGGCCCGUUUAGUGGAACAUCCUUUGGUACGCGAAGCAGUUGUACAACCAUGGAAGGACACAUCCGAUAGUGAUACCCGUCUGGUUGCAUAUGUAAUAGCCGAUACUGAUGCAUCACUUGCUAACAAUCUACGCACAUAUCUAGCAUCACUAUUGCCUGACUAUAUGGUACCGGCGGCUUAUGUUUGUCUAUCGUCUUUACCACUCACACCAAAUGGCAAGCUAAAUCGACAUGCACUUCCAGCACCGGACGACGAAGCAAUUGCUCGUCAACUAUAUGAAGAACCGCAGGGCACGAUGGAAGAAAAACUGGCUGUAAUCUGGAGUGAACUGUUGGGUAUUGAACGAAUCAGCCGAAAUGACAAUUUCUUUGCGUUGGGCGGGCAUUCUCUUUUAAUCGUAAAGAUGCUAUCACAAUUGCGACAAAUCGGACUGGAUACCAACGUUCGGAAAGUAUUUGAUGCACCCUCAUUAGCUGUAUUAGCUGGGGCUCUGAGCCACCAUAUGGUGGUCAAUACUCCACCCAAUCUGAUAACCGUCGAAAGUACAGCUAUUACUCCAGAAAUGUUGCCGCUUAUCGAUUUGUCUCAAAGAGAAAUUGAUGUUCUGGUCGAACAAGUGCCUGGUGGAUUAAUCAAUAUUCAAGAUAUUUAUGGAUUGGCACCAUUGCAGCAAGGCAUAUUAUUUCAUCAUUUGAUGUCCGAACAAGGUGAUCCGUACUUAGUAAUAAAUCAUUUACAAUUUAGUGAUCGCGCGACACUUCAUAACUACGCAAUCGCGCUGCAACAGGUGAUUGAACGACAUGAUAUUCUGCGUACCGCCUUCAUCUGGGAAGGACUCAGUGAACCGGCACAAGUCGUCUUGCGCCAUGUUCCGUUCUUGCUCACCGAAGUCACGCUGGAUGAUACCAACUCAGUACUAGAUCAGCUUACACAUCGCUACAAUUCUAGUCACUACCGAAUGAAUUUCAAACGUGCACCGCUAUUGCGUCUGAAAGCUGCACCAACGUGUGAAGGGAACUGGAUUGUAUUACAAUUGAUGCACCAUAUAAUUGGUGACUACGUUACUAUGCAGAAACUAAAUGCAGAAGUGCAUAUGAUUAUUGAAGGGCAUAUUAAACAGUUAGCAACACCCACACCAUUCCGGCAUCUAGUGGCUCAAGCUCGUCUUGGAGUAAGUCAAGCCGAACACACGCACUUUUUUAGAGAAAUGCUAAGCGAUUUUGAUACACCAACCCUACCGUUUGGUUUGAUCGACGUUCAUGGCGGUGGAACUAGGUUCGAUCAUGAACAACUGAAGCUGCCACAGGAACUCAGUAAUAAAUUACGAGACCUUGCACGUCAUUUCCAUGUCAGUCUUGCCAGUCUUUGUCAUUUGGCCUGGGCACAGGUACUUGCCCGUGCUAGCGGAAAUGAAACAGUGGUAUUCGGUACUGUGCUACUUGGUCGUCUCCAAUCUGGAGAAGGAAACGAGAAUGUUAUGGGUAUGUUGAUCAACACGCUACCGUUGCGGCUGGAUAUCGAUGAUACCACAGUCGAAAACGCUGUACGCAAGGCUCAUUCGCGUUUGAGUGCUUUACUAUCUCACGAAUAUGCAUCACUGGCGUUAGCGCAACGUUGUUGUGGAGUGCCAUCAUCUUUACCUCUUUUUAAUGCAUUGCUAAACUAUCGCCAUAAAUCGCAGACCAAGCAAACCGUCGAACCACGCGCUGGAGUGAAUAUUCUCAGUAGCGAAGGGCGAGCAACUUACCCAAUAAACCUGGCACUGGACGAUGAUGAAAAUUUACUCAGUCUCAUAGCUUAUGUGGCGUCGCCGCUCUCGGCAGCAAGGAUUUGUGGUUAUAUGCAUCAGGCCCUCGCUUCUCUCGCAGAUGCAUUAACUCUAAAACCACAGCAACCUGUACGAACAUUGACAGUGAUGCCGCGCGAAGAACGAGAGUUGCUAUUGCAUAGUUGGAAUCAAACGGUAGUCAAUUAUCCACCUGUUUGUUGUCUUCAUCAAUUAUUUGAGUCACAAGUAGAGCAGAGCGGACAGACCAUAGCUGUGGAAUUUGAAGGAGAGACCUUCAGUUAUGCAGAACUCAAUGCACAAGCUAACCGAUUGGCCCAUCAUUUGAUCAGGCGAGGAGUUAAGCCAGAUGAUCUCAUCGCACUUUGUGUUAAACGCAGCACAAAAAUGAUCGUAGCUAUAUUAGGCAUUUUGAAAGCAGGUGCCGCUUAUGUACCACUCGACCCGAUCUACUCCAGUCAACAGCUACAAAAUAUUUUGGUGGAUGCGGAUCCAUUCUUUUUGUUGGCAGAUGCCACUGGUCAAAAAGUACUUGGAGAUCAUCAUGUGUCUGUGCUAAAUUUGGAUCAUAUGUUACCCGAUGGCCUUCCAAGUGAUAACCCGGAUCCCUUAAAACUCGGUCUAACUUCAUCUCAUUUGGCAUAUAUCAUUUAUACUUCUGGUUCUACCGGAAGACCGAAAGGGGUGAUGGUAGAGCAUCAGUCUCUCAUAAAUUUAGUUCGAAGUGUAGCUUUCAUUUUUGAUGUAUCUCUGAAGAGCCGCAUUUUACAGUUUGCUUCUUGCUGUUUUGAUGCUAGUGCUUACGAAAUCCUAACAGCUUUAACAAACGGAGCCUGUCUUUGCAUACCAAAUGAUGAAGUACGCCAAACGGACCUUUCCUUGAUUGGAUAUAUUAAUACCGAAAAGAUUACCCAUGCAACUUUACCGCCGGCUUUGUUCCGAAACACACAAAAUCUUAUCGAUUUAACUGGCUUGCAAGCUUUGAUUUUAGCUGGCGAAACACCAUCGUUAUCAUUGCUAAAAUCUGCCGUUAUACACACUGCAGUCUUCAAUGCUUACGGUCCAACUGAGGCAACCAUAUGUGCGACCAUUUGGUCAUGUCCAAUUGAUUUGGAAAGCAAUUCAUUACCAAUCGGUCGUCCAUUAUCAAAUAUACGCAUUUAUCUGUUGGAUUCACAUGGUGAACCGGUGCCAUUAGGAGCCGAAGGAGAACUGUAUAUUGGUGGUGCUGGUGUGGCCCGUGGCUACCUCAACCGACCCGAACUUACGGCGGAACGUUUUCUGUUCGAUCCAUUCAGUGAAAAUGCAACAGCACGUAUGUACCGCACUGGUGAUCUGGCACGUUAUCUGCCAGAUGGAAAUCUAGUAUAUCUGGGACGUACUGAUCAACAGGUUAAAAUCCGUGGUUUUCGAAUCGAGCCCAGCGAAAUUGUGGCCCGUUUAGUGCAACAUCCUUCGGUGCGCGAAGCAGUUGUACAACCAUGGAAGGACAGAUCCGAUAGUGAUGCCCGUCUGGUUGCCUAUGUUGUAGCCGACCCAGAUGAAUCUUUUGCUAACAAUCUACGUACAUAUCUAACAUCUCUAUUGCCUGGUUAUAUGGUGCCAGCAGCAUAUGUGUGUCUAACAUCAUUACCAUUCACACCAAAUGGCAAAUUAGACCGACACGCACUUCCAGUACCGGACGAUGAAGCAUUUGCUCAUCAAAUGUAUGAAUCACCACAGGGUGAAAUGGAAGAAAAACUUGCCGAAAUUUGGAGUGAAAUACUUGGCAUUGAAUGCAUCAGCCGAAAUGACCAUUUCUUUGAGCUGGGUGGCCACUCGCUGUUAGUUAUGCAAUUCGUAAAUCUUAUCAAAAAGCAUUAUGAUAUACACGUCAGUGCUCGGGCAUUAUUUUCCUUUCCAAUACUCAAAGACUUAGCGGAAAAAAUGACCAAUUCUUCCGACAGAUUGUAUUCAGAUGUUGCUAUACCAGCUCGUCGCUAUGGCGAUCGGACGCCUAUAUUUCUUCUUCCCAGUGGCGAUGGAGAUAUUUCUCAUGCUUUUGAAAUAGCACACGAAAUUGAUAAAAGUUUUCCGGUUUAUGUUUUACCAUGGUCGUCGCCUGAAAAAGAACAGCCCUCGUCUAUAGAAGAAAUGGCCAAUACAAUGAUUUCGCUAAUAAAGAAAGUACGGCCGAAUGGCCCUUGUGCUGUAGCUGGUUACUCGUCUGGGGGUAUUCUAGCCUAUGAAAUAACAAAUCAACUUAUAAACGGUGGCUAUCCUGUUGCGUUUACGGGUUUAAUUGAUACGUAUCCUCCUUACGCCUGUGGUACACUUAAUGAAACCGAGGUGUUUUUGACCUUUAUUGUACGGAAAUCUCCAUUUUUCAAAUCGUUGAAUGAUACAAAGUGGUGGGAGCGUGUCAUUGAAUUGCCUCUGAAUGAAGCUAUCGAAGAAGUUAAACAAAAGAAUGUUGAUUUGAAAAAUGAAGAUAUCAAUUGGGAAGGAUUGAUAAUGAAACAACGAACUCACUACAAAACUAUAUGCGAUGUAUACGAUAUAAAGACACUACCGACUACAGUAAACCUAUUUAAGGCAACGGAAUUUGAUGACUCACGUAUUGGUAAUGAGUUCCUUGACAAAAAUGUACACAUGUACAAUGAUGAAGUCAAAGAAUUUUUUAAUCGUCCAAAAAUGGGAUGGGAAAUUUACAAUCUUCCAAGGUUGCACGUCGUUCCUGUAAAUGGUACUCAUUCCUCAAUAAUGGCAGAUCGCAAAAAUCGAACUUCAUUGGGAAGAAAAAUAACUCAGUCACUUCUGUCAUCUGAGACAUCUAAAACGGAAACUACGUGAAGGAAAUCACUUCUAAAAUGUAAUUGUAAUUCUAGAAAGUGCACAGAAAAUGAAAAUGUAAAAACAUCUAUAUUCAAUGAACGUUGCCAUUGUUAAUUUAUUUAUUCAACUUAAGUGAAAUUUUUCGUAUUUCUUUUGGAUUCCACAUGUUUCAUUAUGAAAUUCAUUCACGGCCAAAACUAAUAACUAAUUAAUGAAGGGCGGUAAAUUAGAUUAAAUAUAACAAAAAAAAUACAAUCAAAAAUUUUAAAAAAUGUGUGCGUUAUAAAAUGUUCAGAUUGUAAUUUGUAAAAUAAAGAAUAGAGUUGUCAUGAAUUACGUACUUUAUGGAAUUUCAAUGAUCUCACCUUCUUCAUUUGUUCUAUCUGGCUCAUAGAUUAUGCAUGUAGAGUUUCAUCCAAAUCGGAAUUCAUUUACCCGUGCCGCAAGACCUCACGAAAGUCGAUUUUUUGAAGAAAAUUUGUUUUUUUUUUUUCAAGUUUGACCAGAUUUUCAUGGCAAAUCUAUUUGUCUUGAUGUGAUUUGGCAUUUUAUUCAAAAUUUAAUCAUAAUUCAGUUAAAUGUAGUGAUUAAUUUAAAAUAUGAAUCAAAAUAUAAAUCAAUUUUCAGGUUCAUUGUUUUUGACUUCAUCAAAGUUGGUGUUUAAAUUUCCAAUUGACGUUCAUUGUACUUUUAUAGCCGUAAUAUUGUCGUUUUGAAGUGUAACCCGUUCGGCAUUACGCUCUCGUCUACACAUUCUUAUCAUACGCACCCAUUCAUACAUACAUGACGUCAUGCCAGCACACGCAUACAUCACCUCACACGUAUCACCCACUCUCUAUCGAUAACCGAUAAAUCGAUAGAGAGAUAAGACAUAAGAGUCUCUCUAUAUAAGGGUUCGCAUGAGAAGCAACGAGUCAGUCGUGUCCAGUGUUUCGAGU